CUUCUCCUUUUCCUUUUCCUCAUCUUCCUCCUUCUUAAUUUCUUCAAUGAGAGUAUUGAGGGUCUCAUCGUCGAGCUCCUUCUGAACUAGCUUUCCAUCUUGCUUUGUGAUGUAGUUUACCUCGAACCUAUCUCCUUUUGGCUCAUGAGUGUCGAUUGCUUUAUAAAUAACUUUCACUGCAAGCUUUAAGCCAUCUUUGAAACUCAUAUCCUCAUCAUAAUCAGAUUUGAGAAUUGUCUGUGGGUUGAUUGAGGUAGAGUACCCUGAGCUUCCAUAAGCAGCAACUGCAUUCUGACCAGUCACGUGUGCUUUCCAUGAGCUGUAGUUACCGCUUGGAUCAGAGGAAUAUAGCUGGAAUCCCUCAACAUCAUCAUAGCCAGCAUACAUGAAGUAGACUCCCAAUGGUCUAUAUGAUCCGAAUUGUGUGUAGAAGUGCUUCUCUUCACAGACCAUUUUUACUACCUGCUCACAUGGGGCCUCCUUGUUAUAAGUAUAAGUAAACCUUUGAGAGAAGAGCCUGGCUUGAUCAAUAAGAGUAGUAGAAUCAGCUGUAUUACCUGAGACAAAGCAGAAGAUAUGGUCAUCAAUUUUGUGAGAGGAGUUCUUAACUCCAUCUUGAAGCUUAUGUUUCUCUUUUCUCUCUGUUCCAACGAUGACUCCUUCUUUAGUCAAAACUCCUACAGUAGGCUUUUCUUUGUUGAUCCUUUCCAUUGCAUACUCAAUCUGAAGAAGUCUUCCUAUAAGAGUAAAAGUGGUGGUGUACGAGUCAUAACCGGACUAUAAGCAUUAGAUCUACACAACUUACCAUCUUAGCUUUUAUA